AUGGGGGCUAUUACUGGUGACUCGGCCAAGGGGCCUCAAGGCAUCGAUCUCUACUCUCGAUUCGCUCUUGCUGGUGCUCUGGGCUGCUCAGUCACACAUGGUGCCUUUACUCCCGUUGAUGUCGUGAAAACCAGGAUUCAGCUCGACCCUGCCACCUACAAUCGUGGCAUGUUUGGCGGUUUCCGCCAGGUUAUUCAGAAUGAGGGCGCGGGUGCUCUCUUGACCGGCUUCGGCCCGACCUUCACCGGCUACUUCAUCCAGGGUGCAUUCAAGUUCGGAGGUUACGAGUUCUUCAAGCAGCAAUCGAUCAACCUCAUCGGUAUCGAGAAAGCCCGCCAAAACCGUACUGCCGUCUACUCUGUCUCGGCCGCCUCUGCCGAGUUCUUUGCUUCAAUCGCUCUUAGUCCCCUUGAGGCAACCCGCAUUCGUCUUGUCUCGACCCCUGGCUUCGCCAACGGACUGGUCGGUGGCUUCAGCAAAAUUCUGAGCCAGGAGGGCGUUGGCGCUUUCUACUCUGGAUUUGUUCCCAUCUUGUUCAAGCAGGUCCCCUACACCAUCACUAAAUUUGUCGCAUUUGAAAAGGUUUCUGAAGCUGUUUUCUCUAAGCUUGACAAGUCUAGUUUGUCCAACGGUGCCCAGACGGCUGUGAACCUUGGUUCCGGUCUGGUUGCUGGUUUUGCCGCUGCUAUUGUUUCUCAACCGGCUGAUACCAUGUUGUCUAAAAUCAACAAGACUAAGGGCCUGCCCGGCGAGAGCACUGUCUCCCGCCUUGUUAAGAUUGCCGCUGAACUUGGUUUCCGCGGCUCUUUCGCUGGUCUGCCUACUCGUCUUUUCAUGGUUGGUGGUCUUACUGCUGGCCAGUUCGCCAUUUAUGGAAGUAUCAAGAAGGCUCUUGGUGCCACCAACGGUGUCGAGAUUGCCAAGUAA